UUGUAACGGAAAGAUGUAUAAAUUGUCAAGCUUGGUGAGCAUGUUCCAACUGUUUUAGCAAUGAAAUUCUAUCUCUUAACGAUUUUUGCCAUAACGACCUUGUGGGCUCUAUUGGCGUUUACUCCGUCGGCAAAUGCGCAAGAAAAAAAGGAGUUCGGAGAACCCCGAAGCCUUGGACCUAGACCAAUUAAAUCUCCACUCUUCAGCCUAUUAGAUUUCCUAAGAGCUAAUACAAGUAUAUCUCUCGAAUUCAGCAUUAGUGGAAAUAUUACUGAAACCACCUUACCAGUCAAUACUUCCUCCUCUCUCACGUUUGACAUCUUAGGAAAUUUGACUUCGACUGGUCCUGCUUUCCCGCCAUUCCCUUUUCCAUUCCCUCUUCCCGUUCUCUUCUUCCAGCAACUUGACUGGACCGCCCUUUGCUUAAAAAGCAAUUAUUUAAAUUUAAUUUCAGCUGUUGACUCUGAUGACGAUGUUAGUCCACGUGUGCAGGAUGUAGAUGUCAAGGCGCCACUUGUAAGAGAGCCACGUGGUGCUUCCUUUUGAUUCUUAAGUCACUUAGAAACUAAAUUCAACUUUUUUUAUUAGUUUAUUGUAAUUGGUUUAUUUUUCUUUAUGAAAGUAUUAUAUGUAAAUAUUAUUGUGAAUCAGAGAAAGCAAAUAAAAAAACAAAUUAUAAGCAUAAAAUAUACAGUGUUCCUU